GGAAUGAUUUAUAAACAUUCAAGAGAGAAAUCGCUUAAUCUAGUUAAAGGCUUACUUUUGGUUCUCUAGGGUUACUAGAUGGCCGUGUCGUUGUUUUCUUUGCUUCGAACGCACAUCCCCAGCCCGGGUUUCACAGGUUCCUCUCCGCUUUGUGACAGUCUUAUAGGAGAGCACACUCCGAGCGGUGCCUACAAGCCGGAUAGCGCCCCAGUCUUUACACAUCCUCACCCGCUAGUUGGUGCUGAAACCACAAACCGCGAAGAGGCAUCUGCAAGACUGUAUGCGUCCCUUGUGAUUCCGGUGCAAGAGCUGUCUGCUGAGUACCACAGACGGUUUCAAGUUGGCGGUGGACUCCAUCUCACCCAUAUCGAAGCUGCAUUCGUCAUGUAUGGCAACGCGGACGAAAGUACUUCUCAGCCGCCAAAUGCAUUUGCAGCAAAUACCCUUCGAGGGUUUUUUGUGCUCGAGCCAGACGUGUUGCUGCAGGGUCUGACAGUUUCGGGUGGUGAUGCCCACAAGAUAUUUGCUCGAGCGGCUGGCUAUUUAUACUACAACCGAUCGGGGUACGCUUGUGUUACAAGCAUUAAGCGCGCAUUUUUUUGCAGGCUGAGCCGUGAGGAGGACGUUUUCCAGGUCUCUGAUCACGUCGUCUUUGAUAUGAAUUCGCCACCACACGGCGCACGAUCGCCGACUCUUUUCGAAGCUCUCUUCUUCUUGAUGCACCUCAUGUUUCAGAAGUCAAAUCUGCCUCGGCCACAGCAGCGUUUGGAUCAGCCUUUUCCACGCAGAAAACGAAUCAAGUAUAACUCAGCUGGACCCAGCACAGUCAAUGCUCGCUCCAGGAUCCACAAGGAACAGGCUGUGGAUCUGCGUAUACAGAUGUCAGAGCUUUGCAGAUCUAUGAACUUCAGCUUCAAAGACAUCGAGGACAUUGUCACACUACAGCUCUCGGAUUUGAAGCUCUCGAGCUGGCGUCAGAUUCACUCUGGUGAACAAGUUUCUGUCUUUCAGGGGAGAUUCAAAGGCGAAAAGGCUGUCUUCAAAUCAGUGGACGUGUGCAAGGCUCCUGACAAGCUGCGGAAGAUGGUACGUGAAGUGUGGGUGAUGGCGAGAUUGAAAAGCCUGCAAGGGGAUGUUAUCCCUCGCCUCUAUGCGUCUGGUUUCCUGGAUGGAGGGAUCUGGCUUACCAUCAUGCAAGACAUUGGAGGAACGAGCAUUGACAAGAACUAUGAGGAGCUUUACAAGGAUAGCUAUCUCACCGCAGCAAAGUCUGCCUUGAGCGUGAUACACAGGGCAAAUGCAAGUCACGGUCGAGUUGAGUCCUCCAACAUCAUCGUUGGAGAAGGUGGCAAAGUUAUGUGGAUCGACCUUGAAGCAGCGUGUUUCUUUGGCAGCGAUGGUGAUGCGGAUGAUCUGUUGCAUUUCGUUCGUGAAGAUCUUAAACAAAUCCCGGUUUGUAGAUCAAACUAAUUGUAUGGAAGAUCUAAUACUGUA